AUGACCGGACAUUGGGGUACACGCUUGAGCCUCUUUCGGGAGAGGAGACGCAGCCAGGCCCUGGUGUCGGGCAGUCUUUCCCCAACCCGACGCCCUCCAGAAAUGGAUGGCGGCGGCCUGCUGCCCCCGCCUGCCCGCGUCCUGAUUGUGCUCUGUGCCGUGCCGUGCUGUGCCGUGGGCGGCGGCCCUUUUACGCCCUGGAUGAUGGCAGCCAAUGGCAGCCAGCCGUGGAACUGGACCCUCCCGGAAGACCCCUUUGUGGGCCUGCAGCUCCUGCUGCGGUUCCAGCCGCUCUUUGUGCCUCUCUACUGCCUCCUGGUGGUGGUGGCGUGCCUGGGCAACUCCUUCUUGGUGUUGUGCAUCGUGGCCAACCCGAAGCUGCACACCGCCACCAACGUCUUCCUGGGCAACCUCUCGGCGGGCGACCUGCUGAUGUGCCUGGCCUGCGUGCCCCUGACCGUCUCCUAUGCCUUCGAGCGGCGGGGCUGGCUCUUCGGGCAGGCCAUGUGCCACGGCGUCAUCCUCCUGCAGGCGGCCACCGUCUACGUGUCCGUCUUCUCCCUGGCGGCCAUCGCCCUGGACCGCUACGUGGUGGUGGUCUACCCCGUGCGCAGGCGCAUCCCCAUGCGCUCCUGCGGGCUGGUGGUGGCUGGCAUUUGGCUGGCCUCCCUGGUGCUGGCAGCACCGCCUUCCGUCCAUUCCGCCUACCUGGACCUCAGCAGCACCGGCCACGACCUGUUCAUCUGCGAGGAGUUCUGGAGCCACCGGGAGGCCCAGCGCUUGGCCUACUCAUGCGCCAUGCUCCUGGUGAGCUACCUGGUGCCCCUCUCGGCCGUCACCAUCUCCUACUGCUCCAUCCUGGCCCAUCUCCGCCGGAGGAGCAUCUCGGGCCUGGCCAACCCCAGCCGGGUCCAGUGGAACAAGCAGAAACGCAAGACGUUCGUCCUCUUGCUGGUCUCCAUCUUGGCCUUCUGCCUGUGCUGGCUGCCCCUCCAGGUCCUCAACCUCCUGAGAGACCUGGACCCCGACUUCUCCAUCCUGAGCAAGAGGUACAUCAACGUGGCCCAGCUCACCUGCCACUUCACCGCCAUGACCUCCGCCUGCUACAACCCGUUCAUCUACGCCUCACUCCACCGCAAGUUCAGGGCUCACCUGCGGCAUCUCUUUUGCCCCAGGAAGAGCGGCCAGGAACGGCCCGUGCGCCCUUCCGAGUCGACACGAGGCAAUGCCUGCCUUGGCCACAUCCUGGACACCACCAGAGUGUGA